AUGGUGGAAAUUGUACGGAUUGACGCCCAUGAACGACCACCCGAUGUUUUCCGUCAGCUGUUCAAGGAAUACCGGAGUCUGACGCCCUCUGAGAUUGACUCCCAUCCGCGGGUUCGGGAUCCCCGGAGGCAGAAUGACCAUGGCCUUUCCAAUGGUCUGCAGAUGGAGGGAUAUGUGCCUCGUCAGUCCAUUUCACUGGCGUUAGACCGGUUUCUGGACCGUAAAGACUCCAAGGAUGAGCUGGAUGACAUUCCUAUCUACACACACCAGGCCACUCCAGGUCUACGCAUUGUACCAUCUCUUUUUCCUCCUGCUGCCCAGGUUGAACUGCUUUCCCGCAUUUUUCAUCGAGAUCUAUCAAAUGAACAUCAUAAAACAAAUAUACAUCUUCAUUAUCACUUGACAUAUCCUGACCCGCAAGAAGUUCUCCCUCAGGAAGGUGGCUCAGCGUCUCAGGACCAACAGGAUUUUUCCUCGCGGAAGAGAGGCUCCUUUUUUCAAGAUAAUCUGGGUCGAGAACUAGCUCCCAAGGACCCUUCAGUUCAUCAACCACUCUCAAUUAAAUCACUGCUUGAGAAAAAGCUGCGUUGGAUAACACUUGGCGGGCAGUACAAUUGGACAGACAAGGUGUAUCCUGUUGAGGUACCCCCUCCUUUCCCAGAAGACAUAGCGAAUCUGCUGCACAGUAUUUUCCCUGACACUAGAGCUGAGGCUGCCAUUGUAAACCUCUACUCUCCCGGCGACACACUCAGUGUUCAUAGAGAUGUAAGUGAAGAAUGUGACACAGGCUUGAUAAGCAUCAGUUUUGGAUGUGAUGGUCUUUUCAUGGUGGGCCAUGAGGAUGGUGGUGGUUGCGAGGUUAUCCGCCUCCGUUCUGGCGAUGCUGUUUACAUGACUGGUCGUUCAAGAUUUGCCUGGCAUGCUGUACCCAAAAUUAUUCCGUCAACUUGCCCGGACUGGUUAUCUGAUUGGCCUGGCACCUCCAGUCCGUACGAAGAAUGGCGGGGCUGGAUGGCAAACAAGAGAAUCAAUCUCAACGUGAGACAGAUGAAGGAAUGA